UGGCAUUACAGUGUUGACUCCUUGCCUGGAUGUUUCAGACUUUAUAGGUGGUAACUGUAACCAUUUAACUUUACGAUUUACAUUGUGUAUUGUGUUUUUUUCUUUGGCACAGAACUGAAGAUUACUUGACUUAUACUUGGAAUAUGGACCAAGACAACAAUUCAGAGGAUGAAUCUGUUGGCACAUCAGAGGAUGACACACAGUCUCGGUAUUCACUUGGACUCUCUGACUCGGAGGCGGUGGAGGUGCUGUGGCAAAUGCGGGCUAAGCGAAGGCAGCCCCAACCUAAUCUGCCUGAAACUGUGACUCGUCUUAGUACACCAGACGGCAGUGUUGUAUACUUGGUGGGCACAGCUCACUUCAGUGACAGCAGCAAGAAUGAUGUAGCAACGACAAUCAGAGCAGUGCAGCCAGAUGUGGUGGUGGUGGAGCUGUGCCAGUACAGAGUGUCCAUGCUGAAGAUGGAUGAAAAAACACUGCUUAGGGAAGCCAAGGACAUCAACCUGGAAAAGGUUCAGCAGGCCAUCAAACAGAAUGGCAUGAUGUCUGGCCUCAUGCAGAUCCUGCUGCUAAAAGUCUCCGCUCACAUCACUGAGCAGCUGGGCAUGGCACCCGGUGGAGAGUUUAGGGAAGCCUUUAAAGAGGCUGGUAAAGUUCCUUUCUGUAAGUUCCACCUUGGGGACAGGCCAAUCCCAGUGACGUUCAAACGUGCCAUUGCUGCUUUGAGCUUGUGGCAGAAAGCUCGGCUAGCCUGGGGCUUGUGCUUUCUGUCUGAUCCCAUCAGUAAAGAGGAUGUAGAAAAGUGUAAACAGAAGGAUCUGCUGGAACAGACCAUGUCAGAAAUGAUUGGAGAGUUUCCUGCAUUGCACCGCACCAUUGUUGCAGAGAGAGACAUCUACCUCACACAUACCCUCAGACAGGCUGCCCGCUGUGUGGAGUCUCCACCUAAUGGCCAGAAGGUGCCUGCUGUGGUAGUGGGAGUGGUUGGAAUGGGCCAUGUUCCUGGUAUUGAGAAAAACUGGGACAAGGAGCUCAAUAUUCAUGAGAUCAUGAGUGUGGCACCACCAUCUCAAUUUGGCUGGGUGGUGUGUACUGUGUUAAAGGGAGCUGUACUUAGUACUCUGGGAUAUGCCUGUUACUGUGCUGGAAGACGCGUUGGAAGGGUCUUACUCUCCCUACCUAAUGUCCAAACACUGCUGGCAAAUAUACGACCGCCCCCUGCCUGACCUAGAUCCUCAGCAAAGACUUUUAUUGGACAGUAUGUUACACUGAACACCAGUUGCCUUAAAUACAGAAGGAUGAGAGCAGAUGGCCAUGGCUCAUGUCUGAACAGAACUGGAUUUUGUUUAGAGGUGCUAGGAACAUCCGUCUGUCAUCUUUUUUUUAUUUUAUUUUGUGCUCUUGCAGACAAGGAGCUGUACUGCCAAAGAAGUCAGACAGUACUCUUUCACUGUAUUAAAUUUUCUACAAUUUAAUACAUGACACAUUAUAUUGUAAUAUAAUAUAGCAUGUGUCUUUAUUUAGGUUAGGUUCCAUAUUUCAUAUAAUAUUAUAUGUAAAAACCCUGAAAAAUUUACUGAAUGCUUGCUGAAUGAAAUGUUAAACAUCUGCAUGUUCUAAAGUACCCCUGAACUCAAACCCAUUCAUUCGGAUAGAUGAUUCUGGUUAUGUAAAGUGGUAUGAGUCUGAUAACAGUCUAAGCAUUAUCAUUCUUUUUUAGGAACCUCCCUGCUAAAAAAUUUUUAUUACAGUGUUCAUGCUAUGGACUGAAGUGAUGGAUGGUUGUGAACGGUACAUUAAUACUAAGGAUUUUUGUUAUUUGGAUAUCAGUUUUGUUCAAUUAACAGUUUUUGAAUAUCUAGACAAUUUAUAGUUUCAAAAAAUAAUAAAUAAAACCAGAAAAGAUUU